CUGGGAAAACUCACUCAUACUUCACAUCAUACCUAUCAAACGUGGCAACAAUUGAUUGCCAGAAACUUUUCUCUUCUGCCGGCGUAGAAGUUCGGCAAAGCCCCCAAACGCAUGGCAGAACCGGAGAGGAGGCGUGGCCAGGACGAGAGGCGUUGGCAGAGCAGCCCCGAUGCCAGUCCACCACAGAUCCAGCUCCGCCCAGAGCAGCCUCAACCAUCACCACCCUAUAAGCCACAUCGCUACCAGGACAAAGGCCAGAGAUCCCAAAGAUCUUCGGAAGGAGAGCAGUCUAUGCCGGAAAUCAUAGUGGCCGGGAAGUACCGCCUGCUGACUCGCAUUGGAAACGGUUCGUUCGGGGAGCUCUAUCGAGCCGAGGGCCUCAAGUACGGCGAGAAGGUGGCUAUAAAACUGGAGAUCGCGUCGGUCAACUAUCCCAUGCUGCCCCGCGAGGCCAAGAUCUACGAGGUCCUGCGGGGUGGCGAGGGUAUCCCCAAGUUGCGGCACUUCUCCACCGAGGGGGUGUACAAUGUCAUGGUGAUGGACCUGCUGGGGCCCACCCUGGAGGAUCUCCUGAACCUCUGCGCGCGGUCCUUCAGCAUGAAGACCACCCUGAUGCUGGCCGAUCAGAUCCUGGCCCGCGUUGAGCUGCUCCACCGCAAGUGCUUCAUCCACCGCGACAUCAAGCCGGACAACUUCCUGAUGGGCCUCGGGCGGCACUGCGCUCAGGUCUACAUGAUCGACUUCGGACUGGCCAAGAAGUUCUACAGCCUGCGCUCCCAGAAGCACAUCGGCUACUCGGAGAAGAAGGAUCUGGUGGGCACGGCUCGCUACGCCAGUGUGCGAGCCCACUACGCGGAGCAGGGUCGACGGGAUGACCUGGAGUCGGUGGGCUACUUGCUGCUCUACUUCCAGCGCGGUCGUCUACCCUGGCAGGGGAUCCGGGCCCAGUCGCAGGUCCAGAAACACGAGAGGAUAGCCGAGUGCAAGGCGAAUAUAUCCCUCCAAGCCCUUUGCGCCGGCCUGCCCACAGAGUUCUACGUCUACCUGAAGUACUGCCGCGAGCUGCACUUCGCUGAAAGCCCGGACUAUGUGUAUCUGCGUCAGCUUUUCGUGGUGCUCUUCAAAAACCAGACGUUGUUGAAUGAUUCUCUGUACGAUUGGGUGCUUCUGCAGCAGGAAACUCAGGCUCCGCUGGAACAAGGCGGCAAAAAGGUCAGAGACCGGGGCAGGGAUAGGGAAAGAGGCGGGACUGAGCGGAACGGAAAUAGGGAUGGGCGUCGUCCAAGAGGUUCGGUGAGGAAUCAAGAUACGAACCGGGAUAGAGGGCCCACUGAAAAUACGACGCGGUAUGGCGACCGCAACGGAGAUCGGGGAAAUUGCUGUAACCACGAAGAUAGGCGCCCAAGGAAGGACCGCAAGGCCUGCUCCUGCAGCUACCACCUCCACAAGAAGCGGGUCAGGGAUCGAGAUCGGGAUAGAAGGCUGGAGCUGAAGGCUGUGCGCAGGAUUCACCCCGAGCAGCCGCCGGAACCCCACCGGAUGCAGCCCUGCCUUUGAUAUUACGCUGUUUCUAAAUGUCUCUGCGCGUUAAUUAACUGCUGAGCAACUAUAUUUAGCAUGACAUAA